AUGGGUAUUGACGAUAGUACAAGCUACCUUAAUACAUAUUGCAAGAUAAUACCAUGGCUAAACAGUAUUGGAUUCUCCUUAGCAGCAGGGUCACUAUUUGCUAAAACGUAUAGAGCUUACAAAGUUUUAACGACUAGAUUUCGAAUAACUUCGCCAUUAAAAGAUUCUCAUCUACUUGCAAUUGUCCUGAUAUUAAUGGCAAUUGAAGCUAUUCUACUAACCUUUUGGACAGCAAUCGAUCCAUUAAAGGCGGAAAAAAUGGCAGCUCCGCCAAUCUCUGAUCCUAAUCGAUACAAAUAUAAAAUUGUACAUACUUACUGGAUGAAGGGCAAUGCUAAACCUUCUAGUAUUCGAUUUAGAAUGAAUGAAAAUGCUUCAAGUAGGAUGGCUAGCGAAAAAUACGAAAGCGCUAUGGGAAACUCAGAAUUAAUGUUAUCUUGCAGUGAAUAUAAAAGAGGGUGCGAGGAAAAUAAGGCACGAAUCGUACGAUAG